GACAGAAUGGGGGUGUUAGGCAGGGGAUGGGAUUGCUGGCCAGUUGCACUUUGCCCCGGCCUGUCCCCUGACCACAAAUCUAACUUCGACCCUCAGGUGAACCCUGUGCUCUGAAUCCUUCGUUAGGAAGCUGCUGCUUGAGAGGCCCUGUCUCUGCGACUGGGGCGAGACAUCUUCUACAAGAAGUCUCCUCAGAAGCGCCCUCCAGGAGGGAUGUACUAGACCUCUCCCCUGAAAGCUGGGACCAGGCGAGGUGGGCAGUCCUCCGUCCCCCCAAACGCCCACAGGAAUUCGUAUCCCAAAGGAAGAGUCUGGCUGCCAUGGGGCUGAUUUCCACCUUCAGUUCGGCUCACCCCUGCUAACUCUCCUGCUCCACCUUUCCUUUGAGAGCUGUCGCUUCCCGCAAGAGGUCAGCGAAUCCGUUUUGAGAGGCUGUCUAAAAGGAUCACUCACGGCUCCAAAAAGGAGGGGCUGUGCCCUUUAAGGACUUCGCCGGGAUGGAUUCCGAGUUGAGUUUAAAAAUGCCAACUCACAGAGCGCGCUGGAUUCUGGGAGCGAAGCGUCAGACCGAGAACUACAUUGACCAGUAUGCACUGCAAACACACACGCCUUUACUUCCUUCUGCUCUUCGGGACUCGGGUUUGACGUAGUGCUCCUCUAAGCGAGCAGCCUAGGAGGAGGAUUGAGCCACACCUUUUCACCUAUUGGCCAGCUUGCCAGCCUGUGGGCGUGGCUUAGCGCAACUCCGCUAGGCAAGGGGGUGGCCUCCAUGCCAAUCAGUGCUAAAACGGCAGGGGAGGCGGGAACGAGGGGAAGUGCAGGCGCCCCCGAGUGGGUGUGGUCACGCUGCCCAGCAGUGGGCGGUGAUUGGCCCUGGGCGGUGCGAUCGCAGCUUGUGCGUCACGACGCCGCCAGCUGAUCGGAGACUGGAGCCGGUGUGUGCUGGGCGCUGGGAAGAGACAGCGCCGCCGGCCGUGGGGAUCGGACGCACUGAUUCGCUCCCCUGCUCUCAGCACCCCCUCCACCCAGCACCAGGUGGGUGUGAGCUGGGGUCCCGGACGCACAGGAGGGAACCGUGCUAACGGGGAAGCUGUACCUCACAUAUCCUCUCCUGGCUGAGCCGCAGUAGUUCUUCAGUGGCAAGCUUUAUGUCCUGACCCAGCUAAAGCUGCCAGUUGAAGAACUGUUGCCCUCUGCCCCUGGCUUCGAGGAGGAAGAGGAGAUGGAGCUGCUUUCCUCUUCAUCUGGAAGGUGACAGAACUGGGGCUGGGACGGUCUGAACAGCAAAAGUCAUGAUCCCUUUCGGGAAAGGGAACCCUAUUCAGUUGAAGAGCUUUCGCUCACAUUGACCUGGCCAGAGAGAAAAUUUCAGAGUAGAGACCCUGGAUGCAGUGGAGAAUGAUGGCUCUGUGUGCCCAAGGUUAGUUGGUCCUCGUGCGACAAUGAGAAGUGGAGCAGAGAAAACCCCGCCCACCCCUUUAUCCUGAUGUCUUUCCUGACCCUUCCUUCCUUGUCCCCCACUCUUUCCUGCUGGCCUUUCCAGGUGAGCUCCAAAGUCCGUUCUCUCUUCAGGGAGAAGGUUAUACUGAGACUCCGACUGAGUAGUCACCCCCCCUGCCCUCAUUUCCCCCUGUAUUUCCCAAGUCUGGCGCAGGCUCUAGAUUCAGGGAUACUCACCUCUCAGGGGGCCCCUCAGAGCCUCCUGUCUUGGUUUCUCCACCUGUGAGAUGGUGAGUCAUCUGGUUGAGGGGGCGUGAGGCAUGAGGGAAUCAGAAGCCCUCUUGUGCGGACUCAGAGCUUGGACUCUCCUUCCACCGAGGGCGAGAACGAAACAGCUCUUCACAUAAGCUCUUGCCCUGCCCACACCGAUGACCAGGAGCUCGGGGAGGAGGUUGAGGGGAGGGACUGGAGUUAGACUAAUGUGAGGUGCUGCUGGGAGCUCGGUCUCCACAUUGACCUCCCACCAUGCAGAGGUGGCUCGGGCUUCCCCUGCAUCCCAAAGCCAGACUGCAGCCCCUGGGCGGGGGGGGGUGUUCCAGCUGCUGCUGCUCUCUUCCCCCACUUUACUUUCCAGGGUAGUGUUCGAGACUCGGGCUGGACCUGUGCAGGCAGGGAAUUCUCCACCCUCACCCCCACCACCCCUCAACAACCAGGAGGGCUGGGUUAUGGGAUGGGAUCCCUUUGGGGCAUCAGGCAGUAUAAACCUGCCACUCUCAGCUCACGAUCUAAUCCCGCUCUGGUGUGGUUCAGCCUGGGCCCAGUCUCCCUGGCUGAAGGAGCCCAGGUACAGGGGUUACAGGAAGCUGUUUGUUCUGUUUGGAGUUGGGCAGGGAGCUGGGUCCUAGUCUCCAUUUAUGAGAAACAGAUUUGGGGAGAGUAGAUCAUUGAAGCCACCCGUCUUCGGCCUAAGCUGGAUGUGUGUGUGGGAUUGUGGUAGAGGGGGUGGUGUGGAGCAGACUGAGCCUACUCAUAGGCUGCAACAAAGGUCGCUCUGUCCCUGGACAUUGCGUCCAUCCUAUCUUCCCCUCCUUGCUUCACUGGCCACAGUGUCUCCCUCCCGCCUUGAGUAUGUAUGUGGCUCUGCCAUCCUCACUCACGAUGGAGCAGAGGUGAGGAGGAGCAGCCUGGGAACACAGAGACAGAAGACCAGGACCAGGCCCGGAGCGCACAGGGCUCUGUCUGAGCACCCUGCAGAAAGGGUCCCCAAAGAGCACCCCAGGAGGGAGGACAACCAGUCUCCAUCGAGGACAAGCUGCCAGCCAUCUCCUUCAUUCUCCUUUUCUCUCCGGUCUUUCUGCCUCCCCCCCAGAGACGUGGGGCCCUAUGAAAGCAUCCUCGGCUUCGUCCUCCUGCUUCCACCUCUCCCCCACCCUGUAAUUUUUAUAUCAGCACCCUCAAGGAUUAGGAGCCAGCUAUAAAAGGACAUACACAGAAGAUUCUUAAAAGAAAUUCAAACAGAUAAAACCAUGGGAUGCCGCAUGUGAGGCCCUAAAAAGCCAAAAAAAAAAGGAAAAAAAGUGUGCUUUGUUAGUAAUUAAAGAAUGGCCAAUAAAGCUGAAAGCAUUUUUCCCAUAGCAAAACUAUGUCAGAAAAAGUUUAAGACCCAGUUAAAAUAACACUCCCAUACAUUGCACAUGGGUGUACAAAUUGGUACAGCCUUACGGAUGGCAGUUUGGUAAUAUGUAUCAAACAUCCUAAAAGUUUCCAUGGCCUCUGACCUAGUAAUUCUAUAUUUGGGAAUUUAUACUAUGAAAAUAAUUACAGGUUAGUUAUAAGAUAUUCUUCCCUUCAUUGCAGUAGAGAAAAAUGGGAAGCAACUCUGACUGGGAAUUCGUUUCUUUUCCACUGUAAUGAAAAUUGGCAAGAGAGGGUUGCUUAAGUAAUUGUAUAUCCAUCCAGAUGGAGUACCACGCAGCCAUUAAAAUCACGUAGAAGAACAUUUGACUGGAAAGAAAAAUGCUCUUUGAGAAGUUCCUGUCGUGGCUCAACAGAAAGAAAUCUGACUAGCAACCAUGAGGAUGUAGGUUCAAUCCCUGGCCUCGCUACUGGGUUAAGGAUCCAGUGUUGACAUGAGCUGUGGUGUAGGUUGCAGAUGCAGCUUGAAUCAAAGAAAAGUGCUCUUUGAAAAAUGAAAAGGUGCAUUACGUGAUUUCAGUUUCUUUUUUUUUUUUAAUAUGAGUGUACCCCUGAAUGUGUAAAAGAGUUAAAAGACCGAGGACAUACUCCAAAUUGUUACUAAUAGUGGUUAUCUUUGGAUGGUGGAAUAAAGUGAUUGUAAUUUUACUCUCUGGCUUUUCUGUAAUUGCCAAAUUUUCAACAUUAAUUGUGUGUGGCUUUCCUAUAAUAAAUACAGUUUAAAAGAAUCAGCGUGAUUUUUAAAACUUUUGGAGAUGUGGGUGUGGAAGAAUGAAGGGAGGCCCCCGGCCUUAUACACUUAAUGGACUUUUGGUGGCAGAAGGGGAUUGUGGGAGAAGUUGGGGGGUGCACCUCUUGGUUUACGAAUUUCAUUCUUUGGGCAGCCGGACUCCACCCUCUCCUGUACGGGAACCAGCUCUCUGCAUUGGUGACAGUUGGCCACCGAAAGAGCUAGGGAGUGGAGUAAGACAAGGAAAAGAGUGAAAACCUCUCACUUCAGGCGAGCAGCCCCACCUCACCCCCGAGGCUGAAAGUUUCUAGGAUCCUAAGAGUCCCAUUCUUGAAGGCCAGAUGGCUCUUUGUUUUUCUCUCUGAUUCUGUCUCAAUCUUGAGGUGACCCUGUGUGACCUCUCCUUGCCUCCUUAGAUUGGAAGAGAUACUCUCUCAUCCCUCUAAGAGGUACCAGACCCUGGGGGAGAGGUGUUUUUUAGACUCAGAGCUGCGUGGCUCCAUCUUGCUCCUCUUGCUAACAGUAAGUCUCCUCCUCAGGGCCCCCAAAAGAGAUGAGGGGAGGAGUCCCCGGUGGGUCGUUUCGCCAGAGUAGGAGCUGUUGAUCCCUCUGAGAGGUACUGUGGAAGGGCGCAGAACUCCUGGAGUCCUAGAGUUGCUGGGAUGUGUUAAAGGUCUGGACACCCUGGAAGGGGUAGCUCCGAGGAAGCGAGGUACCCCCACCGCGCAACUGAGAGGAGGGUGGGGUGCGGGGCAGAGAGAUGGUGAGAUUUAAGCAAGUGUGAGUGGGUUUGCUCUAGCCUCUAACUUCAGGGCUGCGAGAGUGGGGGGAGCAGGAGGACCAGCAGGUGAGGUUAGAGCAGGGGAAGGAGGUAAAAGGUAACGGGGCUGGGUCUCUAGGUGUGUAAAGUGAGAUUAGCGACCCAUUUCUGGAUUUGCGAGGCGUUUGGGGACACGUCGGUUGAGAAAGACCCAGAUCGACAUCCCGGAAUGCCCCCCUGAGCUCGGCUGCCUGGCCGGGCCCUGAGAGCCCCCUAACCCGCUGUCCCCUGCUAGGGCGGGACGCGAUCGGUUGCUUCGGCUCCAGGGGCGGUGGCCCCACUGCUGCUCCAAUCACCGCCCAGCCCAGGCUUGGGGGCGUGGACGAACCUCGGAAAAGUUAAAGCCGAUUCUGAAGGCCCGGUGGCGGGGGAAGCUCAGGGACCCAGCCUCGCCUGGAAGCCGGCUCACAGGCCCCGCGGGAGGCGUUGGGCUCGUCGGGUCGGGGCUAAGAACUCCGGCGCCCUAGAAACAGAUCCGGACCUAACCCGCCCGCCAGGCCAUGGCGCCCUUUGGACUCCUCGUGACCUGCGCCUCCUUCGCCGCCUUCCGGGGGCUGCACUGGGGGCUGCAGCUGCUGCCCACGCCGGGAUCUGCUGCCCAGGACCGUUGGAAGUGGCGGAACAUCUGUGUCUCCCUGGUGCACAGCCUGCUUACGGGUGCCGGGGCGCUGCUUGGGCUGUCGCUGUACCCUCAGAUGGCGGCCGACCCGAUUCAUGGCCACCCGCCCUGGGCCCUGGUACUGGUAGCUGUGUCUGUGGGUUAUUUCCUGGCGGAUGGAGCUGACAUGCUAUGGAACCAGACCUUGGGCCAGGCCUGGGAACUCCUCUGUCACCAUUUCGUGGUAGUGAGCUGCCUCAGCACCGCCAUUCUGUCUGGCCACUAUGUGGGUUUCUCUGUGGUGUCUCUGCUCCUGGAGCUGAACUCCACCUGCCUGCACUUACGAAAGCUGCUGCUGCUUUCUCACCAGGCUCCAUCCCUGGCCUUCAGCGUGACCAGCUGGGCCACCUUGGCUACCUUGGCCCUCUUCCGUCUGGUGCCACUGGGGUGGAUGAGUCUGUGGCUGAUCCGGCAGCACCAUCAGGUGCCUCUUGCUCUGGUCAUUCUUGGUGGAACUGGACUGGUCACCGUGGGUGCCAUGAGCAUCACACUGGGUGUCCGCAUUUUGGUCAGUGACGUCCUGCGGUCUCGGCCCCGCCCAUCCAUCCCUGGGCAAAAGGAAACCAGGGGCACCAGGAGGACAUGCUGUGAUGGUGAGCUUGUCACCAGGGAUGGUUCCACUCGCAGCCUGAAAGACUGAAGAGGAACCUCGGGCUCCUCUGCCAGGCCUGGGAGACGUGAGACCAGGACGAGGAGAAGGUGUUCUUCAAUGCACAGUCCCCCAGGGGUGAGGACUGGACUGGAUUUUCAGUAUCUCCGUUUCUCUGCCCCCUAACUCAACCCCUCCUCUAUUCCUAGGACUUGAGAGGAAAUGCUAAUAUUCACGAAUGGGUGGGAACCUGGGGUUUUGUUCACUGAAUCCCAUCUUCAGAUGACCACCCUUCCCAGCAAACUAACUACAGCCCGUGCUGCCAGUAAAAUGUGGCAGGAGGCAUGAAGUUGGGAAACUGCCAGUGGGAACAGAAACCCUUUGCUUUAGCACAGCAACGCAUGAUGGAAGGUGAGGUCCUAAGGGGAUCAGAGAGAUCUGGUGUGGAAGGGACGGGAUCAGAGAGAAGAGAGACCUCACCUAUGACCAAAUUAUGGCAGUGGGAGGAGGGCAUAUAGGUGCUGUGUGUAGCCUGUGGGGAUGGACCUAUCAGUUGCCAAGAGACAGAAGCUACUGGACCACAACGAUUGCUGGUGAUACUUCCGGUUCUCAGAGCCGCCCUAUUCUGCUUGUAAUUAACCCUCAUCCUGCUGCAUCCAGCAUCUUCCUUUUAAGUUUUUUUUAGUGCCUUUGGACCUUUUCAAAGAAAAUGCAGAGACAGAGGAAUCAGCACGGGGCUGGGUCUGUCUUCUCAGGACUGUGGGGCAUCCAGAGCCACAGCAGGAACUCAACCACCCAUUCUGGGUGCCAAGUUGUAGGGUCUUUCCAGGCUUUUCUGCAGGAAUGAGGGCAGAGGCAGAUGCGGAUGAGGGAAGGCUUCCAUUUGGCUGCGGAGGAAUUAAGGAAUAUCUGACUCUCUUCUGGGAUUCAUCUGCAAGCUCUCCUUUCUCCCCUGCUGCUUCUAGUGCUUUUUUUUUUUUUUUUCUUGUUCCCCAAGACCACUCUCUUCUUCAGGCAGAGUGUCCAGGUUAUGGGACGUGUAAGCAGAUUGUUUGCUGUUCUACUAAACAAUGGACAGAAAUAGAUAACCUUUAAUCAUCCACAGAAAAGAUACAGGAGCCAAAAGCAAGAGACAGGAAGCUGAAAGCGUCUUGUCAAAAAGCUGAGCUAGAGAAAGACAAAGGGGAUGAUAGAAACAGACACAGACAGAUGGAAGGAGAGAUAGAAAGAAAAAGAUUUGUUGUUGUGUAGAAGAGAGAGAGAGGGAGGGCAAGACAGAAUCCUUGGGAGAAAUAUCAGGAAAGCUUUCUAUAGAUGCUGAGAAGAUCCAGAAUCACAGACUGGGUUAAAUGGUCAUCAGCAAAGAGAAAUAAAGGCUGGCAAGAAGGGACCUCGGAGGUGGCAGGCACAGAUUGUCUGGACGGUGAAACAGGGAGAGUGAGUGACCAGGGAAACCACCCGGCUCUGGAGAGGCAGAGGGGAUAGUGGCUGAUAGACGAGUGGAGAGAGAGAGGUGGCAAUGAGACGAGGGGGAUUAGUCGGGGGAGCUGAGAAGCAGGGGAGCAGAAGGUGGAGGAGGCAGUCCAUGGAGAGAUUCAUGGACAGGAAAAGCAGGCAGUAUGUUGAGCUGGAGACAGAAAGACAAAGGACAAACAGCCUCAGUGCACAAUGCAGAGACUGGGGCUGACAGGAACUGAGAGGCAGAGACUGGUAGGACGGUGAGAAGUAAGAAUCCAUCGGCAAUGUGAAUCCACACAGAAUAAGCAAAAGGACUGAAGAGAAUCACAGGGAGAAAAAAAAAAGGAGGGAAUGCAGAGAUGGGGAGAGGAAAAGCCAUCUAGAGACAGGAAAGGGAUGUGAGACAGACCCGUCAGAGAACCAAGGUGCAGAGGCGAAAAAUGGCAGAGACCAAGGGGAACCUGUGACAGUUGGAAGUAAACCCAGGCAGAAUAAUAAGAGCAGCGGGUUUAAAUGUAAUCAGACUAAAACCAGAGAUGCAAAGGUCUAGAAGUUAAGAUAGAGAAACCAGGCAGAAUUCUGUCCUUAACAGUCAUGGUAUCGCCAAACCUCAAUUUGCUGUUUUAACCAAAUGCCUUGAGGAAUAAGAACACUGUCUGGAAUUUUCAAAGAAGAAGCAAUGUGAGGAGGUCCCCUUGUGGCGCAGCAGAAACGAAUCCAACUAGGAACCAUGGGGU